CUGCGCACAUGCGCGUUACCGUCUAACCUUCGUGUCACAUGUGUUCUCGUUCUACAUGGUCCUUUUUACCCGUGACCGGACGACUCGUACAACCGCGGUCCGGUUAGGAUCUUCGUCUCAUGCGUGUAAAAUAAUAGGAAGAACGCGAAAUGUCGUUAUCAACGGCGCGACCGCUUAUUACGGUGUACACCGAGAAGAGUGAGCCUUCGGGUGACACGAUUUCCCUGCCGUCUGUCUUCAAGGCACCGAUUCGUCCCGACAUCGUGAAUGUCGUCCAUCAGCUGAUUUCUACGAACAUCAGACAGCCGUACUGCGUUUCUAAAGAGGCUGGUCAUCAGACCUCUGCGGAAUCAUGGGGUACUGGACGUGCUGUGGCUCGUAUACCUCGUGUACGUGGCGGCGGUACUCACCGUUCUGGCCAGGGUGCCUUCGGUAAUAUGUGCCGAGGUGGACGCAUGUUUGCGCCUACUAAGCCAUGGCGACGUUGGCAUCAUCGCGUCAACGUCAAUCAGAAACGUUACGCUCUCGUUUCGGCUAUUGCUGCUUCUGGUGUUCCUGCACUCGUGCAGUCUAAAGGACACUUGAUCCAGGAAGUCCCGGAAUUUCCGCUGGUCGUUUCCGAUAAGAUUCAAGAAUACACGAAAACUAAACAGGCCGUCAUCUUUUUGAGACGUAUCAAGGCUUGGAAUGAUAUCCAAAAGGUGUAUAAGUCUCAACGUUUUCGUGCCGGCAAAGGUAAAAUGCGUAAUCGCCGACGCAUUCAACGACGUGGGCCUUUGAUCGUAUAUGGCCAUGAUCAGGGUAUCCGUAAAGCAUUCCGCAACAUCCCUGGCGUCUCUCUUAUGAACAUCAACAAGAUGAACCUGCUGAAAUUGGCACCUGGUGGCCACGUCGGACGCUUCGUAAUCUGGACAAAAUCCGCUUUCGAGCAAUUGGAUGCUCUUUAUGGAACCUGGCGUAAAGAAUCACAGCUUAAAAAAGGAUAUAACUUGCCGUUCCCUAAAAUGGCCAAUACGGAUCUGUCCCGACUUCUGAAGUCCGAGGAAAUUCGUAAAGUCUUGAGAGCUCCUAGGAAGAAGGUGGUGCGUAGAGUGAAGAAACUGAAUCCAUUGGCUAACACUCGAGCUAUGCUGCGUCUCAACCCGUAUGCUGCAGUUCUGAAACGUGCUGCCAUCCUGACUGCGCAAAAGAGCCAGCGUGAGAAGAAUCUUCUUCUCGCCAAGAAAGAAGGCGUGAACUUAUCAAAAAGAUCGGCAACAUCCAAGACCGUUGCACUUUUAGAAAGGAGAAAAAAGCAACUUGCUGAAUACAAGAAGACGGUGAAAAAGACUCCGAAACCUAAAGCUGAGAAAAAAGUAUCUACUACGAAAGAUACUACGAAAACUAAGAAGCCUGCUCCUGCUAAGCAGUCAGCUAAAAAGUGAACAUCAUACAAAUAUCAACUUAUAAACUUGUAAUUUUUAUUUCUGUCUUGAAAUAAAAGGCAGAAAAUUACAAUUGA